GAGUUGAAACUUCACGCCUGAAUACAGACCCAGAAGAUCUUCGACGGCAAAGAUCGAUCAAAGAAAUCAAAGAUGGUCUGUGUCGCUUGUUUGUUGCCGCUCUUCCUUAUCCCGAUCGUAAACCUAUUGCCAGUUCUGUUUGACAUUAUCAUGGCAAGGGUGUAUAGAAUUUUAGGGUGGGAGUACCGGAAGCCGGAGCGGGCACCAGCAGCAUGUCCUUAUAAACCUGUUGCUAACAAGACCAAUGAAAGUGUUACAGGAGAGCAUAAUAACCCUACGGCUGCUGAUCUUGCUCAUAAGGCAUUGCCAGCAGACUCUAACGGGAAACUUGAUUGAAGUUGAUUUCUUUCUCAAUGGCAUAUAUCUAAAGUUCCUUUGUAAGUGUGUUUUAAUAUUCCAAAUUCUGUCUGAUUGCUUUCUUAACUUACCGCUCAUGUAUACCAUUAUCUCAUCUUAAACUUGCAAGAUCUACUAAUUUCUAAACGGUUGUUUGGUUCACGCAUGAGAAUGAGAAUGAGAAUGAGAAUGAAAGGAAUUUUCACU